GUUUACACGCGUUUGCGCGGUUUUUCGACUUUACUUGAUCCUUUUCUUCAUUUGGUUGUCAUUCUGUUUGGAUUUUUUUUGGUAAAGCGUCCUCGAGUUGGUGAAAGGCACUAUAUAAAUUAAACUUGUUGUUGUUGUUCUAUUCCUUGUGAAUCUUAAUGAAGAAGAACUCUUUGACAUGGUCUGAAGUAAUAAUCAUAAAGGAAAGAAAAAGCAAUUCUCAUUGAGUCCUGAAGAAGCAGGAAGUCUUUUUCUCUGAUUUAGAGAUUCAUCAACUGGAAAGCAGACAGACGUUCAGGAACUUCACAAAGACUUUUCAGUGGUGUUCUGCUGAGAUUAAAAUGGCAAUGUCAGUGUUCCGAGAUGGAGAUCAGUACAACUGCUCAGUGUGUUUGGAUCUGAUGAAGGAUCCGGUGACGAUUCCCUGUGGACACUCUUACUGUAUGAGCUGCAUCGAAGCCUACUGGUCACAGGACCAGAUCGGUACAACUCGAUGUCCUCAGUGCAGACAUGAAUUUCCUACAAGGCCUGCACUGAACAAAAACACAAUGCUGGCUGAAAUCCUUGAGGACCUGAGGACCACCACGUCUCAGAGUUCCCGUCCUACUCUGGCUUUUGCUCAUCGAGGAGAAGUUGAGUGUGAUUUCUGCACUGGUGUAAAGCUCAGAGCGGUGAGAUCAUGCCUGGAGUGUCGGGCAGCGUACUGUGAAACACAUCUACAGCCUCACUAUGACUUUCCUGCUCUUCAGAGACACAAGUUAAUCGUUGCCACCAGGAUUCCGAUGUGUCCGAGACAUGAUAGACUGCUGGAGGCUUUCUGUCGCACCGACAACACGUGCAUCUGUAUGAGCUGUGUGGUGGACGAGCACAAAGGCCAUGACACGGUUUCAUCUGCAGCAGAAAGAGACCAGAAACAAGUCACACUGCAGGCUAAUAAACACAAAUUUGUGGAAAAACGCAAAGAAAAAGAGAAAGAGCUUCACGAGCUGAGGAAGGCCACUGAGGCUCAUGCACAAUCCACACAGGAGUCAGUGGAAACCACCCAGCUAGCUUGUAGCUCACUAACCAUGUCCAUCGAGAAAAGCUGCUUGGAGGUGAUUGAGAGAAUCAGAGCUCAGGAGGGGAUCUACAAGGAUCGAUCUUUAGAUCUUCAGGAACAACUGGAGCUUGAAAUUGCCAUCCUGAUGGGGCAAGAAGAACUCAUGGACAAGCUUUUACAGACGGAGGAUCACGUCUACUUCCUUCAGAACUUUGAGAGCAUGCCCAGUCCCUCUGGAGCUGAAGAGUUGCCGAGUCAGACUUUCAAGCCACCAGUCUCUUUUAGUGAUGAUGUGAGCAACAUGGUUUCUGAAUUUAAAGCCAAACUGGAGAUUUUCUGCAAGCAGGAACUGGAGAACAUGUUUGCACACUUCCAUAUCAAGGUUGGUGACAGAGUUCGUGUGAAAUCUUCUGUGAGCACACCUAAAUUUAACUGGGGCCACAUUGUCACACAUGAGAGUGUAGGCGUAGUCAAAUACAUAAGUGAAGAAAGUGUGAUCAUCGACUUCCCAGAACAUAAAAACUGGAAAGGACUCCUGUCUGAGAUGGAGCGCGUAACUGCUCCUGAUGAAUCAGGAACAAAUCCAAACAACCUGGCAGGACGGCUUGGAGACAAAGUAAGAGAGACAAGGUUGAGAUGGUUUGGACAAAGCAGCGGUCCAGGGGAUAUUGAGAAAAGAACUCUGGAGAUGGAGUUGCCAGGAAUUUCAGCUCAGCAGAGGGAAUUUAAAGUUGGAGACCGAGUCCGAGUGAAGCCGUCUGUUAACUCUCCAAGACACGGUUGGGGAGGGGUGACUCACGAAUGUGUGGGCGUGGUCAAGAGUCUCGAUGGGGAAACAAUAGCUGUGGACUUCCCCAAACAGCCCAGGUGGAGAGGUGUCAUCUCUGAGAUGGAAAUUGUUUCUUAAAUCCUUAGAUAAUUAUUGAGAUCUUAGUUGUAGAAUUAUAAUUGACAGUGUAUCUUUUUGGUUUUUGGAGUUUUUUUUGUCAAAAUGAACAAAUAAUAGAACUGUUUGGUGGUCUGGGAAAAACAUUUUGAUGUUAUUAUGGCUAAAUUCAAGAAAACUGCACAAAUUACAAAAUGUUUUUUUUCCUGCGGAUAAUAUACACUGAAAUAUCUAUAUUAAUAAAACUAAUAUAUUGGAUCUGGAAAUGAAGGAUGAGAAAUGAUUCAUUUUAGUUUGUUUUGAACAGAAAUAAUGUUUUGCUUCAGAAAUAAAACAGAAUUAAAGAACAUUUGUAACGUUCAUUAGAAAAAAAACCUUCUCUGCAUCAAGUAUUAAUAAAAGCAAACACAACACUACUUUGCAGAGUGAUUUGUUGCUUGGAAAAUCAUAGGAAAAAAAAUUCCCUGCUAUCAUGUCAUCUUUGGAAAACCCGGCUAUAGAGGCGAUCAAAUCUAACGUCUUCCUGAUGAAUUCUGAAAGGAAUUUAGGGCUAUUGGGAAAAUGUUUAGAUUUGGGCUAUACUUCUUUCAACUUACACAGAAAUAUAGCGUCAUUAAUGGAUUCAGCACUUUUUACUUAAAGCUAUAUGGCCUUUUGAUUUCAUAAAAUUGGUGAAAUUUAGUUCCCUCUGAAAUUUGGUCAUUUCGAACAGCUGAUCACACCGAAGUGCUCGCUGACCGCCAAAAUUUUUAGCUUGGUCCUGUGUUUCCUUUCCUUCGCAACAUAACUUCUUUUCUUCUUGCUUUCUGUUAGUUGGUACUCGUUAGAAAGCCCACUAUGUGAUGCAUGACAUAGUCGCUUGAAUUGGGUCAUGGUGAAGCAGGAAAAAAUAGCAGAGAACUUACAGCCAUGUGGCCUAAAUUCAUUAGUUGUUCUAUUAAAAAAAACAAAUAAAAUUGGAAGUCUGUGAUUCAGAUUCAAUAGCUUUCGGGCCACUAAAAAACAAUUGGGUGUCAGGGAAAAUUCUUUUCAUGACCUACACUUGAAAAAUUUGAAAGGCAGUCUACCUUUAAAAAAGAUGUUUUUAUUCUGGAACAAUUUUGAGUGA